AUGGUGCUGCUGGCAUGGACCUACAGCACGCUCUUCUGCCGCACCUCCAUCUUUGUGCUCAACAUUGUGCUGGGCACUGUCAUCUUUGAGCAUGCCUUCUACCAGGGCGUUGAUGCCCUCUUCAAGCAGCUCAACCAGGGAAAACUGUGGAAACACAUCAAGCACAAGUAUGAGACGAGUGAAGACUGAAACACGCGGCAGCAGGAUGUGUCCU